AUGGAAGGUACUAAUUCAGAAAUUAAUAUGAAGGUUGAUGAUCAAAUAACAAAGAGAGGAACUAUAGUUGAUCAAAAUGAAAAGAGGGAGUGUAACAAUGAUGAUUGUUUAGAUAAUGAUAACUUAGUAGGUGGAAAUGGUGGGGGAUAUUUAUUUAAUUUGCUAGGCCGUUUAAAUAAUUAUAAAAAACCCAAAUCCAAAUCUCCAUCCGAAGAAGCUGGUAUGAAUGGUAAUUGCGACACAGAAGGGAAUGAUAAUAUUACCUUAAAAGAAAAUGAAUUGAAAAAAGAAAAUUUAAAUGCUGGUCAGCCAGAAAAGGCAAAUGCAAAAAAAAAUGAUGCAACUAAAAAAGGUGAACAAGCUCAAAAAGGCGGCACAAAUAAAAAGGGUGAACAAGCUCAAAAAGGUGGUGCAUCUAAAAAGGCUGAAUCAGGCAAAAAGGGUGGUGCAUCUAAAAAAGGUGAACCAGCACAAAAAGCUGAUGCAUCUAAAAAGGGUGAUGUAAGUUCUAAAAGCGAUGCAAGCUGUUCAAAAGGGUCUCCUCAAAAACAUGCAGCAAAAAAUGGCGAACUAACUAAAAAUGGUAAUGCUAGAGAAUUAAAGAAAACUGAGGAUAUUGCUGAUAAUAAUUGUAAUAAAAAGAACGGAGGUAAUGCCAUUGAUAAUGCCAAUAAUGAUAGUGUAAUGAAACUUGGACAAUCACAAUGUAGAGAAAAAAUAGAAGAACUAAUAAAGGAAAUAAGAAUGACUGAUGGACUUUAUGAUGAUAAAAAUAAUGAGAUAUAUUUGUUGUAUACUGAAUUAUAUAAAUAUUUAAUUGAUUUAACAGAUUAUAUUAAUAUUGGAGGUAAUAAUCUUAAAAAAUUUGUAAAGGAAGAAAUUGAAAAAUUAAAAGAAAAUAACGAACUAACAUUUCACUUUUUAAAAAAUUUCAAAAAGAAGAAAAAUAAUAUUUUGUUAAAUUUGAAUGAUUCAACACGAAAUGAAAUUAAAAACUCAUUUUUUGACAACUUUGAAAAAAUAUUAAAAGGAAUGGAUGAAGAAUCAUUAGAACAAUAUUAUAAUGAUCUUGAGGAAAGGGUAAUGAGGAAUCGAAAUUUAGGUGCUGCAUUUAUAAUCCUUUGUAGAAACCAAACAAUAUAUGUUUUAGACGAUCUAUAUAAAAUUGUCUAUGCACCAACAGUUGAUAAUGUUGAAGAAACAAAUAGAGUAAUAAAAAGACUUGCCAAUAUGAACAAUUUUACAAGAAUUAUAAUAACUGUAAAUGUUUCUAAUAGUACAAAUAGGGACAACAAAAUAAAUAACAAUGUUGAUAGGAAUGCUAAAAAUAUAAUUGGCAACGGAAUUAAGAACAACAUGAAUGGCACAAAUAAUAAUAUCGUCCAUGAUGCUGUGGAAAAUGAAUUAUCAUCAGUUCUUCAAAAUGGUAUAAACAAUAAUAUGUCUAUGGUUGGCUGUAAUAGUAAUACAAAUAGUAACAGCAAUAAAAGCUAUUUGAUGAGUAUUAGUAGAAAUAUUCAAAAAGUUUCAGAAGGUAUUAAUGAAGUUGAUCAAAUGGAUGAUGAUGAGUUUGAUGAGAGACAAGAAUUUGAAGAUGAGCAUUCAAAUUUAGAAAAUAAAACACCAUUUAGUUCUUUAAGAAAUGGAAGUAAUAAAUUAAAUUUCAAUAAAAAAACACAAAAUUAUUUCCGUAAAGAAAAUAAUGAUGCACAAGUUUUAUUAUCAACAUGUACAACAAAUGCUUCGUCCUCUUUCGUUGAAAAAAAAUUAAGGGAAAAAAAUGUUAAAAAAAAAAUAAUGAGUAAUGAUAGUAAUAGCUCGAAGAAUAAUCAUAUCCUGUCUAAUGAUAAAGGCACAUCUAAAAGUAUAUCAUAUGAUAGAAAUCACUUAAACACGAAUACUACAACAAAUAAUCUUCUCAUUAGUAGCAAUAGCAACGACACAACACUUAACUCCAGUAAUAUGGGUAGUAAUAAUGGAACUACUAAUAGUAUAAUAAAUAAUAGCAAUUGUUUGAAUGGUAGUAAUACUAGUAGCAACAAUGGAAAUAAUAAUUCAAAUAGUAAUAUGAGUACAAAUGCUAGUACAAACUUAGGAAAUAGCAACAAUAUAUGCAGUAAUAGUAUUUUAGGAGGUAUUGUUAAUGGAGUUAUGAAUAACAACACAAGUAUUAAUAAUAACAAUUGCAAUAGUGUAUCAGAUAAUGAUUAUUUUAGUGAUAUGAUGGUAUAUAUUUCUUGGGUUCCUAAAAGUGCUAGAUGCCAAUACCCAUUAGAAUUACCUAAAAAUUCUGCUGAAAGAAAUAAGCUAGCUGAAUAUAUUGAAGCCAAAGAACAGAUGCUUUAUAUUUUGAAAUUAAUGGGAUAUGAAGAAAUCGAUAAUAUUUAUUUCCAUCCACCAAAGGGGUCACAUAUAAAAAUAAAAUUUAAAACAUUAGCAUGUAUGAAUAAAUUUUUAAAAGCUUAUAAAAAUACCCCAGAUAAAUGGAAAGAAGAUAUGUUUAACUUUUUUAACAUCCCAUUAAGAAGUAGCAUAUCAGUUCGAGACCUUCGAAUCGAAAGAGCAGUACCUAGAUCUUCUACAACUGAUUUUAAAAAAAUUAAAAAAAUCAACAAAAAUAAUCAUGAUUUGUUCUUGUUUAAGGAAAAUUAUAAUUUGUGUCAAGAUAAUUCAACGGAAAAAUUAGAAAAAAUUAAUUUUCAAUAUGAUUCAUAUAGCAAAAAUAUUAUGGGGACAGUAGGUUCUACUGGUAAUAGUCGUUGUGACAAUAAUAGCACAUCUACAAUGCAUUCUUUUAUGCAAGGUGGUAAUGUAAAGAAUAACAAUUCCGUGAUAAACAAUAUGGGAAACAAUAAUAAUAUUAAAAAGUAUAAUGCUGGAAAGAAAUAUUUCCCUAAAUUAAAAGGAUUUAACAAUAUAAAUUCAGAAUAUGUAAACAAUAGUAUGAUGUCCAAUAAUAGUACAUUUGAUGAUAUGGAUAAUAAUAUAAUAUUUGCUCAUGAUAAUAAUAAUGCUGAUGAUGCUGACAAUUCUGUUAAUGUUCCUUGCAACAACAAUAUGGCUAACUGUUCAGGUGAUGGUACAAAUAUUAUGCAAACUUCUCGAUUAUACUCCGUUAAUAAUAGUAGAAAUAAUAUUGGAGCUACUACUGUUAUGAUACCUAAUGGAAUGAUAGGAAAUAGAAAUAAUACUAGCCAAAAUAUUAGUAACACUGUAAGUAGUAGUAGAAUAGGAAUGCACAAUAUGAAAGAAAAUGGAAAAUAUUAUUUCGAAAAUAAAAUGUAUAACCACAUGAACAGAGGUAACAUGUUUAAUGGUAAUAACCUAAUGCCUAAUAAUUUAAAUAACGACAAUUUUAUUAAUACUAAUAAUGAUGAUGAUAGAAAUAGUGCACAUAACAAUAAUAAUAUUGGUAAUGGCAAUAUAUGCAUAAAUGGAAAAAAUGAAAAUGGAAAAUUAAAUUAUAAUAUUAAUCAUAGUGCAACCAUGUUUACAACUAGAAAUCCAUCAAGGAAUAUGUAUGUUUUAAAAAAUAAAAAUAUGAAUAGAAAUGGUAUGGGAACAGAAACAGACACAGGUGGAGCUUCACUUUUAUCAGCAUCUACAUUUGUAAACACAAACACUGGCCAUUCAAUUAAUAAAGAUAUAAUGAAUAACAACCAAAGUUUUAAUCUAAAAAAACAAACACAUUAUGCUUCUUACUCUAAUAAUACUAAUGGAAACAUCAACGGUUUAAAUGAUCAUAUAUUUUCAUAUACUAACAAUAAUAAUAAUAAUAACAUAUCAAUAGCCCUAAAUAAUAGAAUAUUAAAUGAAAAUUCGAGAAACGGCAAUAAUUAUUCUAAUAGAGAUUUACAAAAUGAAGCAGGAAACUUAACUCAUUUUAAUACUAUUAUGGAUCAAAAUUUUGAAAAAGAAAAAAACCAUCUUAAAAAAUUUAAAAACUGCUACAUGGGUAGUAAUACAUAUAAUGAUAAUACAAUGAAUAAUAUUGAUACAAAUAAUAAUAGCAAUAAUAAUAUGGAUAACAAUAAGGUUGGUAAUAAUAAUACCAAUUCGAAUGCUUCUAUAAUUAAUGGAACACUAAAUAAUAAUAACAAUGGAAGUAGAAGUAGCAGUAGUAGCAAUAUGGAUCGAAUGAUAAAUAGCUGUAUGCAUAGAUUAGGUAAUGUAAAGUCGCAUAAUAAUACUAGUUUUUGCAAUCCCGCUUUUAGCUCAAACCUAUUAAACAAAAAAUAUAUGCAAAAUAAUCAUAUAAAUAAUAAUAACAAUAAUAAUGAAGAUAUAAAAGAGGACUUUAAAAAUUUAAUUAAUAUCGAUUUUAUAAAUGAUAUAGAUAUGGACUAUGAAGAAAAAACCCAUCAUAGUAUAACUAAUGAUAUUCUUACUAGAAAUUCUAAUAGCCAUUUACAUCCAAAACAAGGAAGUGUAAAAAGAUAUAUACCAUUGAGCAAUUGUUUGAGUGAUGGAUUGUUAGAAAAUAGGGCUGGAAAUUGUACUAGUAGUACUACUAUGAAAGGAAGAGAUUAUAGUAUGUAUGAAAAUUUAUCAUUUAAUAAUAUGAAAGAUUUUGGAAGCAUAAAAGAUUUUAAAAGUUUAAACGACUUUAGCAGUAUUAUCAAUGAUGUAGGAGAUAAAUCGAAUGAUAUAAAUUUUAAUGAAAAUGAUUUUUCAUACCCAAGUGCUAAUAUAAAUAAUAAUUUAGCAAAUGUAUGUGAUGGAGUAAACAUUGAUGACUCAUGUGUAGUCAUGCCUGAUGGAUUCAAUAAUUAUUUUUCAGAUGACAAAUCAAAUUUAUAUGAUAAUAAUAAAAAUAAUUUUUUUAAUUAUUAUAAUUCUAUGAUGCAAUCUGCUAGUACUGGUAAUAUCCAUAUGAAUCAAAAUAAUAAAUUAAUUAGCAACAAUAAUAUUGGAGGAGAUAAUAAUAAUACAAAUAACAAUGGAGGUAGUAAUAAUAAUAACAACAGUCAUUUAAGUCUAGUUAGUGAAGCUUCUUUAAAUGAUAACUUUAGUUCUGUUGAUUGCGUCGAGAAUAACACUCACGGAAAUUCAAAAAUCAAUAACAUGAACGAAGCUUAUUAUUAA